AUGUCUCCCAAUGAAGUUUUUGUGGCUCCAUUGAAUCCAAAUAGCAUCCGCCCUGGGUUUUUCAGGACAGAUGGUAGGAGACCCAUUUUCCUAUUGGGCGACAUCUGCAAGAGGUCAUCUAAGCUACCCGGAUCGAUUAAAACUCUUCUUACAUCGAACCCACUUAUCCCUAGCGUCAAGAUCAGGGCAUCUUUGUGUGGUUGUAGGACCCGGUUGGCGUUUAUUGGAGGAAAGGCACACUUCUGGCUCCGGUCCCGUUUCGCCGGAUCUGUCUUAAUUGGCUCCGACCAUCUAAAAUCGGAGAGAUCAUGGAUCAUGGGGAAGAGUUUGUCGUAUGAAAUUCUGAGGGGGGUGGCAAGGCUAUCAUUACAGUUUUGGGCGGCUAGCAGGUGCUGUCAGAAGUUGUGUCAUGAUGUUCAAUCAUGCAAUUGCCCGUCCUUUCAACUUGCUGAGAAUAUGAAGGCAACCAUAGAGCAAAAGAAAGCACAUGAAAAUGUCUUGAGGUUGGCUGAAGAUCAAAGGAGGGAAAAGGAGAAACUUCACAAAAGAAUUAUUGAGCUAGAAAGGAAACUUGAUGCCAAACAGGCACUGGAAUUGGAGAUAGAGCGUAUGAGGGGGGCUUUACAAGUAAUGAAACAUAUGGGAGAGAAUAGGGAUAUGGACAUGAAGAUAAAAAUGGAUGAGAUUCAAGAAAAACUAAAAGAGAAAGAAGAAGAGUUGGAUGACCUAGAAGCACAAAAUCAAGCUCUUGUUGUCAAGGAGCGGAAAAGCAAUGAUGAGUUGCAGGAAGCUCGCAAGGAGAUAAUUAGUUAUUUCAAAGGACGGUCAGGCCGCGCUUUUAUUGCCGUCAAGCAAAUGGGAGAUCUGGACACUAAACCAUUUCAGAAAGCAAUGAAAAGAAAAUAUUCCAGGGAAGAAGCAAAUGAGAAAGCUCUGGAGUUGUGUUCCCUAUGGGAGCAAAACCUUACGGAUUCAAGCUGGCAUCCUUUUAAGGUCAUUACUGAUAAAGGAAACCGUAAGACAGUUUUUUGUUCCAUCUUUCUUAAUGUAUAUAACAUCAUGAAUGGUUUAUUAUUGGAUGUGGUCACUCAGGAAAUAAUUGAUGAAGAGGAUGAAAGAUUGAAAGAUCUUCAGAAUGAGUAUGGUGAUGAAGUUUAUAUGGCAGUCACUGAUGCCCUUAAGGAGAUGAAUGAGUACAAUCCAAGUGGGAGGUACGUAGUCUCAGAGCUAUGGAAUUUCAAAGAAGGUCGGAAAGCAACUCUAAGAGAGGGGGUGGGAGAUAUAUUGAAGCAAUGGAGAUUGCAUCAGCGGAAGAGAACCUAA